CAUGUCGGUUUGUUAUUGUUUUCGUCGAAGGCGGACAACGAACCAAAAUACAACGUAAAAAAAAUGGCUUUCCUGGUCGAUAUAAACCACCAAAUCGAGGAUUUCUUCAUCCCGGAGGGUGAGGUAUAUGGCGAAUGCGAAGAUUGUGGUGAAAUAACGGCAAGUUGGCAGUUAGAACAGUGUCAAUACGGAUUUUGUGGCCGGUUUUCUUGCCGACAGUGUAGCUACAGUUGUGCGCGUUGUGGCACUUUCAAUCCUCGUUCAGUUUCCCUCUGUAACAGACAUACAAACGUUGCUUAUCCUGUCUGCAGUGAGUGUAAUCAACGUUUCUGUGAUGAAUGUACAAGUAUUCGAGUUAAAAAGUGUACCACUUGCAAAGCCCAUGURUGCACCAAGUGCAUGGAAAAARAUGCUAAUUCGGACAAAGAAUCUUACAAAUGUGGAAAGUGCUGUUCAAAAGUGCUCAGACCUUUGCAGGAAAUUUGCCGGACAACCAUAAGGGCCUCUAUAGGACUGGUACAAGAAACCUCUACCACAAGGGACAUAAACAAGAAUGUACAAAGUCUUCCUCUCCCAAAUAUGGUCAAGAAUUUUGUGUGCUUURAAUAAUGGAUUAAUACACAACUAUAUUUUCCUCGCAGACAUUUUUUAUGAGCUCCUGUCCCAGGGAGACCUCAGUAAAAAAAGUCUAGAGCACUAAAAUAAUAAUAGUAUAUCAAUAUGAAUUAAAUAGCGUCCCUCAAUUGUAGAUUUUAUUAGUUCAUAGCAAAAUUUAUUGGUUUAUAGCAGAUAGAUACAGCCUUUUGCAAAAAUUUAAUGAGAAUUGUUGAAAUAUCUAAAUAUCAUAAUAUCAAGUGCAUGAUGGGUAAUCCCGGGCGAUGCC